AAAACAGAGCCUUUGAACAGCAGUGAAACCACAUCCACGACUGGAGAUGGAGCGCUUGACACUUUUACUGGGUCAGUAAUAACAAGUAGCGGCUACAGUCCUAGAUCAGCACACCAGUAUUCCCCGCAGCUCUAUCCUUCCAAUAAUGCUAUUUUUCUGAUAUUUAGGCCCUAUCCACACAUUCUUUCUACACCAGCAGCUCAAACAAUGUCCGCCUAUGCAGGCCAGACUCAGUAUUCGGGGAUGCAGCAGCCAGCCGUCUACACGGCCUACUCUCAGACAGGACAGCCGUACAGCCUGCCAACUUACGGUAUUUCAUGGCCAGGCAUCAAGACAGAGAGUGGACUUUCACAAACCCAAUCCCCAUUACAGAGCGGCUGCCUCAGUUACAGCCCAGGGUUUUCCACCCCGCAGCCCGGCCAGACGCCUUAUUCUUACCAAAUGCCAGGUUCUAGUUUUGCUCCAUCCUCGUCUAUUUAUGCAAACACUUCAGUUUCCAACUCAACAAAUUUCAGUGGUUCACAACAGGAUUAUCCCUCCUAUCCAGCCUUUGGCCAAAACCAGUAUGCACAGUAUUACUCAGCAUCAACCUAUGGAGCAUAUAUGACAUCAAAUAACACAGCUGACAGCACGUCUUCAUCAACCUCAACAUAUCAGUUGCAAGACUCUCUGCCAGGACUGACUAGCCAACCAGGUACAGAUCUUCAUCCAGAGUUUGAUACAGUUCAGAGCCCCUCCACACCCAUCAAAGAUCUUGAUGAGAGAACAUGUAGGAGUUCCGGGUCAAAGUCUCGAGGAAGAGGCCGGAAAAAUAAUCCCUCCCCACCUCCCGACAGUGACCUGGAGCGCGUGUUUGUCUGGGAUUUGGAUGAAACCAUUAUUGUUUUUCACUCACUGCUAACAGGGUCUUAUGCACAGAAGUAUGGCAAGGAUCCCCCCAUGGCUGUAACCCUUGGACUCAGAAUGGAGGAAAUGAUUUUCAAUCUUGCUGAUACACAUUUAUUUUUUAAUGACUUAGAGGAGUGUGAUCAAGUUCAUAUAGAUGAUGUUUCCUCCGAUGACAAUGGGCAGGACUUAAGUACCUACAGCUUUGCAACUGAUGGCUUCCAUGCAGCUGCAAGUAGUGCAAACCUUUGUUUGCCAACAGGUGUAAGAGGAGGGGUUGACUGGAUGAGGAAGUUGGCUUUUCGUUACAGAAGAGUAAAAGAAUUAUAUAACACCUACAAGAACAAUGUUGGAGGACUCCUUGGCCCUGCCAAGAGAGAUGCAUGGCUACAGCUAAGGGCAGAGAUUGAAGGACUAACGGACUCCUGGCUGACAAACGCACUUAAGUCUUUAUCAAUUAUUAGUACAAGGAGUAACUGUGUAAAUGUCUUGGUAACGACAACUCAACUGAUCCCAGCACUUGCGAAGGUUCUGCUCUAUAGUUUAGGAGGGGCUUUCCCCAUUGAGAAUAUUUACAGUGCAACCAAAAUAGGAAAAGAAAGUUGCUUUGAACGAAUAAUGCAAAGGUUUGGCAGAAAAGUAGUAUAUGUUGUAAUUGGGGAUGGUGUAGAAGAAGAACAGGCAGCAAAAAAGCACAAUAUGCCCUUUUGGAGGAUAUCAAGUCACUCAGACCUCUUGGCUCUACAUCAAGCACUGGAAUUAGAAUAUUUGUAA